AAGGCCAUCUUUUUACCUCUUCUUCUUCAUUAAGCACCAAUCUCUCUCUCCGGCAGAGAAAGCUUUUAUGUACACUGUACUUCUUCUUCAUCAUCAUCAUCAUCCAUCCUCUGUUCUAGAUUAUCUCUCCAACAAUGGUGAUGGGUGUUAAGCUUAUUAUAAUAACAUUCUGUUUGAAUGUUAUGAUCUUCCAUUGUGAAGGAAUAGGCAAAUUAAGCAAUGAAAUAUCAUCAAUGGCGUCUGCAGUUGGAGACCCAGGAAUGAGAAGAGAUGGUUUAAGAAUUGCAUUCGAAGCUUGGAACUUCUGUAAUGAAGUCGGCCAUGAAGAAGCUCCUUCCAUGGGUAGUCCCAGAGCAGCCGACUGUUUCGACCUUUCAGAAGAUUAUUCAUUGAAUCACAAGAUCAGUGAAAAAAUCAACAAGCUUGGAGUUGGUCAGUCAUUUCCAGGAUUAACUUCAUCAGCUAUGAACAAUACAGACUUAUAUGCAGUUGAGAAGGAGAUUUAUCUAGCUUCAUUAUGUGAAGUUAAAGAAUCUUCAGAAAAUCCAUGGCAGUUUUGGAUGAUUAUGUUGAAGAAUGGUAAUUAUGAUUCAACUUCUGGUUUAUGUCCUGAAAAUGGGAAGAAGGGUUCUCCUUUUAAACCAGGAAGGUUUCCUUGUUUUGGAAAUGGAUGUAUGAACCAGCCAGAUUUAUAUCAUGAACAAACAAGGUAUGAUAGGAAAACUAAUACUAUGAUUGGAAGUUUUAAGGGGAGUUAUGAUUUGGGUUCAGAUAUUAUUGUUAAUAAUAAUGAUACCUCCUACUUUGAGGUUGUUUGGGAGAAGAAGAUUGGAAUUGGGAGUUGGGUUUUUUAUCAUAAAUUGAAGACUUCUAAGAAGUAUCCAUGGUUGAUGUUGUAUUUAAGAGCUGAUGCAACUAAAGGUUUUUCUGGUGGUUAUCAUUAUGAUACUAGAGGAAUGCUCAAAACUUUACCGGAGUCGCCAAACUUCAAAGUGAAGUUGACAUUGGACAUUAAACAAGGAGGGGGGCCAAAGAGUCAAUUCUACUUAAUAGAUAUGGGAAGUUGUUGGAAAAACGACGGUUCACCAUGCAAUGGCGAUGUUCUAACCGACGUGACUCGAUAUAGCGAGAUGAUUAUCAACCCUGAGACACCAGCUACUUGCAGCCCGACCGGGCUGCAAAAUUGCCCGCCUUACCAUAUUACACCUAGCGAUAUCAAGAUUUACAGGAACGACACUGCACGAUUUCCUUAUGGGGCUUAUCAUUACUAUUGUGUACCUGGAAAUGGAAAGUACUUGGAGAAACCUUAUAGCACUUGUGAUCCUUAUAGUAAUCCUCAGGCUCAAGAAAUUGUUCAGCUUUUGCCUCAUCCUAUAUGGGCUGAGUAUGGCUAUCCGACUAAAAAAGGUGAUGGUUGGGUUGGGGAUGCUAGAACUUGGGAGCUUGAUGUUGGCGGCCUUUCGAGUAGACUUUACUUUUAUCAGGAUCCGGAUUCGAAACCUGCAAAACGGAUAUGGACAUCGCUCGAUGUGGGGACUGAAGUAUUUGUGAGUCACAAAGAUGAAACAGCUGAAUGGACUCUAAGUGACUUUGAUGUGAUUCUGAAUUCCCCAACCGUUGUCUAGUUUUAGUUACAAUCGAACUUAAAUGAAUUUAUUGAUCACUGUUAUUAUUGAAUCCUAUUUACAAUCAGAAAGCAAACAAUAAUAUGUAACCGUUUUUUAGGCUUACAAGAGAGAUCUCAGAUUGCUCGGUUUUGAAGUAGAAUCAUUGUCGAUCUUUGGCUGCAAUACUCUUUGAUGUGGUUAUCAAAUGAUUAAGCCAUACAAGAAGAUCAACAAUACAUGCUUCUGUAUUCUCCUUGUUUGCAUAAUGAAAAGUCUCUAUCCGGAUCA